UGAGACCAGAGGAGGGAGGGAAUUAAGAAAGGUUGCACGAGGGCGAUCCGAUUUCCCAGCCUUAAAACUGGGGUUCAACCCCCAUUCGUGCGCCCUCAGCCAUUGUACCCUUUUGCACGCCUCCCUAUGUUACUCCCUCCCUCUGCACUCAACAUCCUUAUAUGCGCUCCGAUCCUUGACAUAUACAUACUAGUAGCACGCUGCCUAACCUGCGAAGGAUAGAUAGCUGAUAGCUACUUGAUGGAGAAGAUGAUUGGGAGGGGGGUGGAGAUGGGGACGGAGGUGGAGAUGUCGCCGGCUGCCAAGGAAGCGGCCGCCGCUGCCAUGUUUAGCCCUUACUCGAGCCCGAGCACGGCCUUCCUGCUGCAGAGGAGAGUACUUUCCUGGGCGAAAGAGACCGGGUCGCCGGCGACGGUGCGCGUUCGCGUCGCCGACAGGAGCUUCAUUCUGCACAGGGAUCCUCUGGCGUCAAGAAGCAGGUAUUUCAGCCAGGCGAUGGAGGAGGUGUCCGGAGACGUCGAGCUGCCGGACAGCUUCCCCGGUGGCUCCGAUGCCUUCGAGGUGAUCGGGCUCUUCUGCUACGGCGACUCCGUGGCGCUCGACCCGUUCAACGUGGCGGCGGUGCGCUGCGCGGCGGAGUUCCUGGACGUAGGCGGCCUGGGCGCGCGCUGCGACCUCUACAUCAACCAGGUGGUGCUGCAGAGCUGGGACGACGCGCUCAUCGUCCUGCAGCGCUGCCAGCCCCUCCUCCCCGUCGCAGAGGAGCUCCUCAUCGUCAGCCGCUGCGUCGAGUCGCUGGCCUUCAUGGCGUGCAUGGAGAUCCUCGACCCGGAGCAGCGCCGGGACCAGCCCGGCGUCGACGACGCCGGCGCGCGCGGCCUGGUCGGCCGCCGCUGGGACGCCGAGGUCGUCAAGGAGCUCGCCGCGCGCGACCUCUGGAUCAAGGACCUCAUCGCCCUCCCCUUCGAGUUCUUCAAGCGGAUCGUGCAGGCGCUGCGGCGGCAAGGGAUGAAGGAGAAGUACGUGAGCCCCGUGGUGCUCUUCUACGCCAACAAGUGGGUGCUCUCCAAGAAGACCCACAAGUUCUGGGCGAGCACGGACGAGGCCGGCGACGGCGAGACUGACGCCAACAGGAGGGCCACGGAGAUACUGCAGGGCGUGGUCGACCUGCUCCCGGUGGAGGCGAGCGGCGCCGUCCCGGUGGCCUUCUACUUCGCGCUGCUGUCGCGGUCGCUCGCCCUCGAGCUGAAAGAGGAGAGCCGGACGAGGCUGCGGGACCAGGUAGCGUCCCAACUGCAGUUCGCCAGCGCGGAUGACCUGCCGCUGCCGGAGCAAGACGCCGACCGGUCCGUCUCCGAUAGCCCGGAGGUGGUGACAAUGGAGAGCAUCGUCUCAAACCACGUCGCCAUGCAAAGACAAGGGGCCGAGGCCGUGGCGGAGUUGUGGGAUCGGUACCUCGUGCAGAUCGUCGAUGAUCUGAAACUCCGGCCGGAGAGGCUGGCAGAACUGAUCGGCGUCGUUCCGGCCGGCAACCGGAAGACCCACGAUCAUCUAUACGAGGCAAUCAACACUUACUUAGUGGAGCAUCCCGGCCUGUCCGGCGAGGAGAAGGCGGCGCUGUGCGGGCACCUCGAGUGCCGGAAGCUGUCGCACGAGGCGUGCAUCCAGGCGGUGCAGAACGAGCGGAUGCCGCUCCGGUUCAUCGUGCAGGCCCUGUUCGUGCAGCAGAUGCACACGCACCGCGCCUUCGCGGAGCGCUCCGACUCGUUCCGGUACAUGCUCUCCGGCGAGCUGAUCCCAGGCGUCGCCGGCGCGUACACGCCGAGCCCAGGGUGCCCCGUCCCCACGAGCCAGCCGCUGAGCACCACCAGCCCGUACACAGACGCCCACACCAACGCCGCGCUCGACGGGAAGCUCCGCGCCCGCGGCGACGACGACGCGGCGUCGGACUACGAGACGGCGAGCUUCAGGAUCCAGGCGCUGGAGCAGGAGAUCAUCUCGCUGAAGAAGACCCUGCAGCGGCACAACACCCUGAAAGGAGGCUCGGUCCGCAAGGACAGCAAAGAGCCGAGCUUCAGGGCGGACGUGGCGGCGCCGGUGGCGAUCAGGCGGCGAGCGCCCGUGUCCGGCAGCUGCAUCGGGUCCAUGCGCUGGGGCUCGCAGCGGCGGUGCGCCAGCAGGAUCCUGCGCGUGUUUACGAGACUGGCCGUGUUCGGGCGGAGCAGGUCCCGAGGGAAGCAGAGCAAGUGCAGGGCAGCAGCAGAGCAGCUCAGCUGCUUGUAGACCUGCAGUGCUCUUCCAUUCAGGACUCAGGAGUCGGGACAGCUUGCCGAAGAAAAAUUAGUCUGAAAGUUUUGAACUUUUUACUUGUGGAAUUGGAAAUUGCAGAUGCCACGGUGAAACCUGGUAGCCAUGGAUGUAGUGACUGCUUAUUUGUACAUACUGCUAGCAAUGUUGAAAGGCUUGAAUAGGUAGUUACUGUCA